GAAGCUAAGGGCUAGCCAGCUGUCAAAUGUUAGACACAAGCUAACUAACGAUCGCUACUUUCUAUGUAGUUUGUUGUAUUUUCUCAGUUGACCUCAGCUAGUGAUGCGAGCAACGAUACCGGGUGUUUAAUUAACGUUAGUUGGUUAUUUUUAUGGGUCAAGAAGAGGUAACAUUAUCUAAACCAGCACAAUAAGUGUCAUACAGCUACUGCAACGAUCUUAAAGGACAUGCUGGAUGCCAGGAUCAGCGCCAAUCAGUUGUUUAGGACCAUGGCCCAAAGAUGUGGGUAUCAUCGCCAUGGAACUGUACUUCCCAUCCCAGUAUGUGGACCAGGCCGAGCUGGAGCAGUUAGAUGGUGUGCCCGCUGGUAAAUACACCAUAGGCUUAGGCCAAGCUCGCAUGGGCUUCUGCUCAGACCGUGAGGACAUCAACUCUUUGUGCCUGACGGUGGUCCAGAGGCUGAUGGAGAGGAAUGGCCUGUCUUAUGACAGUGUGGGUCGACUGGAGGUCGGCACUGAGACCAUCAUUGACAAGUCCAAAUCUGUCAAGACAGUCAUUAUGCAGCUGUUUGAGGACUCUGGCAAUACAGACGUGGAAGGCAUUGACACCACAAACGCCUGCUACGGAGGCACAGCUGCACUCUUUAAUGCUGUCAACUGGGUGGAGUCCAGCUCAUGGGAUGGGCGUUAUGCUUUGGUUGUAGCGGGGGACAUUGCUGUCUACGCCACAGGAAGUGCCCGGCCCACGGGGGGUGCUGGGGCGGUGGCCAUGCUGGUCGGGCCUAAUGCUCCUCUGGCCUUUGAACGAGGUCUGCGAGGAACCCACAUGCAGCAUGCGUAUGACUUCUACAAGCCAGACCUGAUGUCAGAGUAUCCUGUGGUUGACGGUAAGCUGUCAAUAGAGUGCUAUCUGAGUGCCUUGGACCGCUGCUACUCUGUGUACCGCAACAAGAUCCACGCACAGUGGCAAAGAGAGGGUUCGGAGAAGCGCUUCAGCCUGGAGGACUUUGGCUAUCUGGUCUUCCAUUCUCCGUACUGCAAGCUGGUGCAGAAGUCAUUGGCCAGACUGAUGCUCAAUGACUUUCUGAGCCACCCCUGCCCCAACACUGAGACAGGACCCUUUACAGGCCUGGACGCCUUCAGAGACGUGCAGCCAGAACAGACCUACUUUGACCGGGAUGUGGAGAAGGCCUUCAUGAAGGCCAGUGCAGAUCUGUUUGAGAAGAAGACCAAGUCCUCCCUGCUGAUCUCCAACCAAAAUGGAAACAUGUACACCCCCUCUGUCUACGGCUGCCUGGCAUCACUCAUUGCACAACACACACCAUCACAGAUAGCAGGACAGAGGAUUGGAGUCUUCUCCUACGGUUCAGGAUUUGCUGCCACGCUGUAUUCUCUCAGAGUCACACAAGACCACACACCCGGAUCUGGUCUGGACAAACUUGUGUCCAGCCUGAGUGACCUGAAGGUCCGACUGGACUCCAGGAAGAAGGUGUCGCCUGCUGUCUUCUCUGAGAACAUGAAGCUGAGAGAGGAGACGCAUCACUUAGCCAGCUACAUCCCUCGAGGCUCAGUGGAGGAUCUGUUCCCAGGGACCUGGUAUCUGACACGGGUGGACGACAAACACCGCAGGGAAUACUCUCGCAGACCUCUGGACCAUGACCUGCCAACAGAGUCUGAACUUGUUCGCUCCAGCACUGCCACCGAGCACAUCCCCAGUCCAGCCAAGAAAAUGCCUCGCAUCCCUGCAGCCAGCGCAGCCCCUGAGGCUGCCGUCAGCAACUGAGAGCACUCACCUUACCUCUGAGAGGUACCAAGGUUCAACAGUUUGCAAACUGUACCAACUAGACAACACUAGGAGUCAGACGGCUAGCAAGAGACAACAGCGUCACCUCCAAAAUCAUACUAUGUUUAUCUUAAUUACGUGGGAGCAGUGUUGAGUGGAGGCCUGUGGACUGCUGUAGACACUCCUCAGCCACCUGUAGCCUUCCCACCAUUCACAUGUCAUACUGUCAGACAGUUAAACCUGACAUUUGUCUUGUCUAGAGUCUAUUUUGAUCACAAUAAUCAUUUGUUAUAGCAAUCCUUUAUUUCAAUAUUAACGUUUGUACAUAUUUUCCUUUUGCAUUUGUGCAAAAUGAACAGUUGUAUUUGUGAGAAGAUGUUUGCAUGGUGCUGCAGCUAUUGAGUGAAACAAGCAGACUUCCUGCUGGCAGCUGGCAGCCAGUGAUGGGAAGAGGAAAUGGACAUUUGGCUGUAGGCCUCCUGCUGGUGAGAAGAUCACAGGGAGGUGGGCGUCAUCUGUUCAUGUAUUCAAAUAGUGUUGCUGCUGCCACAGCAACCCAGCACGAGAUGCAGGUCACCCUCACACUCUGCUGUUUGUGUUCAAUACCUCAGUUUUCUAUGAAAACAUGCGGUCAGGUUUCUGCAAGACUCUGCAGGGUCAUCAUGUGACCCUGUGACCAAACAUCAGGAACAGUGGGACUCAAAGUGAUGCUGCACCCAGAGGGCCUCACAGUCCUCUCUUAGCCUGCACAGAGUCUCACUGCAGCUCAGCUCAUGCAGGCAGGAGACAUUCAUCCACACAAGAUGGUGAUUCCACUUGCUUUUUAUUGCCAUGAAAAGUUAACCCCCCCCCCAGUAUGAGCUCAGUGAGUAGCUGCUGCUGUUGUACACCAGGUUUAUUGAACCACCACAAAGACCUGAUCUGAUUGGUUUCACUCUAUAAACAAACAUUAUACACAGAUUAUAAAAUACUUUAUUUUCUAUUGAUGAAACAGAGUUGAUUAAUGGAUGAGUUGAUUGUCAGAAAGUGUUCAGGAGAUUAAUCAUUUAACUCAUUUAUCAAGCGAAAUGUCAAGCUCUGGCUUUAGUGUCUCACUUGUGAAAAAAAAGCUUCUUUUUUGGAUAUUUUCACUAUUUUUUAAAUAUUUUUUUUACAGACUAGAUGAAAUAUUAGAUUGGAUUUGAUUUUCAAUUCCAGCCUUUUUUUCCAAAAACCACUGCAUUGCCACAAGUAGUCUCACUGCCUCUGCAUGUACCGAAACAUGUACAUGUUUUGUAUGUACAUGUAAGUAAUUUCAUCCUAAUGGAGAAGGAAAAAGUACCCAGUAAGUUAGUUUGGAAAGGUAACAAAAUAAUGUAUUGCAGUAGUCAUGCUGCAGCGUGUCUGUGAGCUUUUCUUAUUCUAAUGUUGCUCUGUAAGAAAACACAGUGCAGCACAGCUGCCAUCUUUGAGUUUGGACUUUUCCAAAGCGAUGACAAAAGAAAACCAUGACACCAGUGACAUCCUUGACAGUGCAAUCAUCAAGAUUUGACUUUCAGAGAAGUGACUGUACAACAUCCUUAGUUUAAAAAACGUUUUGGGAAGAGGUUGAAACUCUCCUCCUUUUAACAUACAUCCUUUAAUGAGCAGUACACUGCUGCAGCCAACAGCAACACUUAAUCAGGUCCACCGGGCAAAAGCUAAUGCAGUCUAAUGCAACAGCCCUGCAAUAAAUGCUACUACCACUGUGUAUGCUGCGUGCGCUGCUGUUAGGUCAAAUAGUAAGGCUGGAGUUGUUUCUAGUAUUUGUUCCCCCCGUUUACAUCACUGAUUGCAGACUGAAUAUGGAACAUCUCUGUGUGUAAUGUAGAAUAACCAUCAUGCUGAAUCACCACCUCCAAAACAAUUGAAAACAAGCAGAAAUAGAGCCUAACCAGGAAACAAGUUGAUAUAACUUGCUGUGUCUUAGUAAAGCUUUUGUCCGUGUAUUUCGUUCCUUCAUUAACUGACGGAUGCUGUGCAUGGCACCUUAGGUUCCUCACAUUUCCCACAAAUAUGUGCUCCAGCUCUAAACAGAGUGUAGAGGAGAUGCUGGAGAGCUGAAGGACCGGAGAGCCGUAUACACAGAGCUGCACAGCUCCAUGUCAUUUAGAGCUUAUAAGCAGCAGCAGUGUGAUGAUCAGUCAGUCAAAUAUGACAGGUUGCACCUUGAGGUAAAUAUGUUGUGUGUUGAAUGUGGGGCAGUGAUUGUGUCUCUCUUCAUAAACCAAACUGUGACACAUUCAUAUCCAGCAGUGUGACAGGAAGCAGCUGCUGUGAAUAUGGACCAGAGAGUUCCAGUGUCGUUUCUCCACGUCAGUUUCAUUCAAAUAGCAGCAGUGUAACAUGAACUCAUACUGAAGCCUUAAUGUCAAAGGGCUUUGUUUCAUGAGAGGUCAGGACAUUUAAAUGCACAUACACAACUCAACAACUUCAUAUCUGAUGUCAGCAUAUUCUUGGUUUUUUCCUCUGUGUGUUUUGUCUCAAAUAGUUUUCUCUGUUUAUCACUGACAUUGAUUGGACAAUAGUUUCUGCCAGCAACAAGGAAGCAAAUGCAAAAAGAAUCGGAGCUCAGGCAGAAUACAGCAGCCUUAAGUGAACAGCAGUGGUCUGUGUGUUCCUGUUGGUGGUCAGACUUGCUGGAGCAGUCAGUGACGAGGUUCUUGAGAAGCCUUACUAUAAGCAUGUAUGAACUGUAAACACUCAAAGCUUUUCUUUUAAUAAUCUACAGAUAGUCUUUUUAAUUGUACCUCACAGCGGGAUCGUCCGCAGGCCGGCUCAAACACAUGGUACGAUGCCAACAUAACAUCUGUAUGGGGCAUGUCAGCAGGGCCUGGGUCAGAGGUCACAUGAUCUUUACCAAUGCUGAUGGUAAUGUACAGUACAGACUUAGAUUAUUUAUGCUGUGGAGAUAUGAAUGAGUGAAUGUCUCAGAUGAAUUUUAUCCGGUUUGUGUAGACUCAGAAUAAAUGGACACUUAACAUGC